AUGAUAUUGGAUGUAAUCAAAAACAAUUUUGAAAAAAAAGGGGAACCUUUUUAUAGCAACAAAAUGAGAACUAGGAUCGAAAAAGAGAAGAAGCAGAAGAAGAAAAAAAAAAAAGAAAAUCUUUUCUCAUUGCAGGAUGAGAUCGAAAAGGAUAGCACAAAGGUUGAGAGCGCAGAUGAUGUGAAUUCACUCACCGAAAGUGAAGCACAUAGUAAAAGUGAACCCCCAAGUGGUGGAAAGGAGGAUAGCCCUCUUCAAAUUGCAAAGGGGAGAAACGCCCCCCUAAAGACGAUGACAACGAAGACGGCGACAACUGCGAUGACAACGACGAUGACGAAAAAGAAGAAAAAAAAAAAUUCAUCGAAAGGACUCUAUCUAAACGUGAAGAGAAAGAAUACACACUAUGGAGAAAACGAACAGGAAGAUUUCGCAGAGAAUAUCUUUGAAAAUGAAAAUUUUGAUGAGCUACAGUUUGUGGAGGAAGAACAUAUGGAAUACAGGACGUAUAAUUCUUUCUCCAAUUCGGCAUUAAAACUGAUAAGUAAAUACUCAGUCGACGAUGGAAAUGGGGAAAUCACCAAAAAGAAGGGAAAGAAAAAACGACAGGGACAGGAGCGACAAGAACAAGAGGAACAGGAAAGCUACAAGAAGUACAAUUUCAACCAUGAGGAACCGUUUAAGGGUAAUCAUAACGAGUUCGACUCGGACAUCAUCAAAUUUUUAAAUAGGAAUAAAAAGAGCAUUGAUUAUGAUAAAGGGAAUGUGCGUCCGUUUCAGAAAGGAGACGCCUACUCGUAUGACGCCACUCAAGGUUAUGGCGGGAAGAGGGGAAAACACAAACAGCUGCACGCUGCUAGGGAAGACAAGGAUAACUAUGAACAUUAUCGAGCGGAGAACGCGACAUAUUACGACCGCGAGGAGGAGGAAGAUGAAGAAGAAGGAGAGGAGGAGGAAGGUGACCAAAGUGGUGACGAUCAAAUUGGUGGCAGCCAGAGUGGUGACGACCAAAGUGGUGGCAGCCAAAGUGAUGACGACCAAAGUGGUGACGACUAUAAUACCAACGCAGCGCAGUAUAACUACGAACGCAACGGCGGCGUUGAUAGAAGCGGUAAAUUUAAAAGGGGUGCAUCACUGGGGGAGGAGGAAGAGGAAGGAGAAGAAGAAGAUGAAGAGGAGGAGGACGAAGAAAACGAUGGCGGUGAGAGCGACGAGAGCGACUGCGACCCCCUUGACCGGAAGGAGGAAACCCGCACGGAAGACCCAAGCCGCAGAAGACCCCCCCUAGCAAGCAAGUUCCAGUACCGAAACACCCCAGCGGAGGGACACAUCUAUGAUAAAAGGGAAGACAGUCAUUUUGAAAAUGAAGAGAACACGUGGAAGGCCACAGAACAUGACCCCACGGCAGGAAUAUACGGAGGUGAAAAAAGGCAUGAAAUAGAAUUUGGGAACAGGGGGUGGAGGAAGGAAGAAAAACCAAAAGUAGAGCACCCCGAAAAAACGGAAAAUAAAAAAUAUGUGAACAUAAACGUAAGAGAAAGUAAUUUAAAAAAAAGUAGCAUGUCCUAUGGAAGGAAAUACAACAUGCGGAAGAGUGCCAUGGAGGGAAGAUCAUCCCUGAGGAACGCCCUGAACAUUGGCAAACCCAACCUCAGUAAGGACAAGUACAAAUUUAAUCUCCCUAAUGGCGAAGAUAAGCUAAUUAAGUUUAAUAUAGGUGCCCACACGAUCAGCAAAAGCAACAACAACAGCAGGUCAAUUCACAGAGAUGAGAGGAUAACCGCAUUCGACUACAUGCUUCAUUCGUCAAACCAGAGUGUGCACGCAGGGACCAAUGACUAUUUUUUAAAAAGAGGCGGGAAAGAAGAGGAAGUAGCAGAAGACGAAGCAGAAGAAGACUGCACAGAUAGCCACUUCGGCCAAGCCGGGAAAAUACUCCAACCACUCAGGGAAGAAACGCAGAAGGAUCCCCACGGGGAAGAGAAAAAAAAACAUAACAUCAAAAGCUUCCUAGACAAAAUAAAGCACAGGAAAAACAACGAAGAUAUGCUUAAACGGGAACAUAGCAAAUAUGAUCAUGCGGAGAGGAGUGACAAAAAGGACAAAUUCAAAAUGAAGUUCACGGACAUUCUGCAUGGACGGACGCUGGGCAAUUUUUUCCACCGAAACAAAAGUAGCGCCGCGAAGUCAUUGUCCCCGCAGCGAGAGAGGGACAGCAGCGUCGAGCCGUGUAUCAAGUCGAACGGCGUAGAGAAGUUCGGCUGGCUCCACCUGGGGAGCUCCGACCCGAGGCGCGACGACCAGCAGCAGAACAGAGGCGACAACCAGCAGAAGAACAAAGGCAUCAACCAGCAGCAUCAUCAACGCGAUGAUCACUUCCUCCUCCACCAAAAAACAUCACUCUCCCAGCCGUCCAUGAUAAAAGACGAUAUGGCACAUUACAGCAAAAGGGAUGCGGUGAAAAUUCUGGACACCUUUUCGAACCAAGAGGAAGCCAUCAAUGAUGGUACUAUUAUGCACAGUGGCCGAAGGCCAUAUGACAACAGGGGGAUUCAUAAAAGUGGAAGUAAUAACAUGCCGGGAUUUUCCUACAAAGGGGGGUCUUCGCCAAAAGCACCGAUUCCUUCCAAAGUUUCUGAUUCCCCCAAAGUAGCCCCCGUGACAUGGGAUGGAACAAAAAACGACAUUGGGAAGACACUCGACAGGAACAAGAAGAAUCCUAAACCGGAGGACUCCAAAGCGAUCAGCUCAAACGAUAUAAUGAGUGGAAAAUACAGCAGGAAAUAUCACACAAGCAGGCACGACUUAGAUGCAGACACGAACAGGAAGGUACCCGGAAAGGAGAGCAUUCUACCAAGCAUAUAUCAACAACUCCAUUAUAGAAGCCCCCUUGGAAAUGAAAAUAAAAUAGCUCAAUUUGAAGAUGAUCCUCUAAAGAGGGGAAGACAAAUUGCAUUACAGGGAGGAAAGGGAAAGGACGAAGAGUCAGAUGUCAGAAUGGAACAAACGUUAAACAGAAAAAUGAUCGAGAACAAUGAACUGAAGAAACGAAAUGAAAAUAAUGACGAAGUGUUGGCGACCCCAUUUUAUAUAAAAAGCAAAAUUGACAAGGUUCUAAAGAAUAGCGAAAUUUUCGAGCGAUCCGCAAGAGCCACCUUUCAGCAGUUCGAUGUGAAAAAUAAGAACUUUCUGCAUUUCAGCGAGAUUGACUCACUGAUUCAGAAGCUUUGUUUCAAUUUGGAGCUCCCCCCUGUGGAUAAGAACAUCCUCUCGAUCGUCUACAAAGACUACGACAGCAGCAAGAACAACAGCAUGAACUACACCGAUUUCAGGCAGAUGUAUUGGGACCUGCUGAAGCAGAUCAAGAAAAAGUAUUACCCAACCAAGAACUUAAAGAUAAAAAGGAACUGCAUAAUCAGCAGGAAGAAUCUGGGAGGGUACGACUACUCAUCGAUAUACAAUUAUCUGAGUUUUAAAAAAAUCCUGGGGUGUGGUGCCUUCGGAGAAGUACACCUUGUAGAAGACAACAUCUGUAAGCUUUACAAAGUGGUGAAAAUAUUAAAAAAAAAAAAAUUAAAAAAUAUAAAAAUUAACGAAGAAAUUAAUGUGCUCAUAUAUCUAGAUCAUCCAAACAUCAUAAAAAUAUUUGACGUCUAUGAAAAUGUGGACUGCACUUACAUUGUCAUGGAGCUUUGUGAAGGAGGAGAACUUAUGGAAAAGAUAGUGAAAUCGGCAUUUUUCAAUGAAGAAUAUAUAAAAAAUAUUAUGUUUCAAAUUUUGUGUGCCAUAGCGUAUAUGCAUAGCAACAACAUUGCUCAUAAGGACUUGAAACCUGAGAAUAUUUUAUUCAAAUCGAAGGGGGAUGAUACAUUAAAGAUCAUUGAUUUUGGACUAGCUGAAUUGAUUAAUCACACCGAGGGGGUUAGCAAAACUGCUGCAGGGACUCUCCUCUACAUGGCACCCGAAGUUUUUAAAAAAAAAUUUACCAUCAAAUGUGAUAUAUGGUCAGCUGGAGUUAUUAUGUUUUUUUUGUUCUCCAAAAAUUUCCCCUUCUGUGGGAACACCUACGACGAGAUUAAGCUCAGCAUAUUCAAGGACGAGCCUGACUACAAGAGCUUGAAGGGCCGGAUGUCUCAGCCCGCGCUGCACAUUUUGAAGCUCAUGCUGGAGAAGGACCAUACCCGGCGCCCCAUGGCGGCAGUGCUCCUGCACCACCCCUGGUUCCAGGGCUUCCUAGACCCAGUGGAAAUCAACCCAAGCACGCUCAGCAACAUAAAGGCCUACAUGAAGCAAUCCAACAUCAGGAACAUCAUAGUGAACAUAAUGGCCCACGAGCUGAGCGUAAUAGACAGCCACUUAAAAUACAUCAACGAGCUCUUCUGCAAAAUAGACACCAAUCACAACGGCUCGCUCAGUCACGGGGAAAUUUAUGCCGUGCUGGCCAAUGCGGGAAUCAAGAAGUGGGACAUAAACCGGAUCGUGCAGGCGCUGGACAUCAACGACCGCGGCAGCGUGACCUACACGGAGUUCAUCGCCGGAUGCUACCGAUGGAAGGACAUAGAAUCCACUUUCUUAAAGGCGGCCUUCAAUAAGAUCGACAAGGACGAAGAUGGCUACAUCAGCAAAAGCGACAUAGUAACGCUGGUGCAGGACAAGGUCAUCGAGAGUCACGACGUCGACAACUUUUUCACUUCCGUGUUCCUUGUGAAGAAGGGCUUAUCUUGCGAGCGGCGCGCCAACAGGAUAAAUUUCGAAGACUUUAAAGAGUACCUUUUAAGCACGUUUUAG